AUGUUCGACGUGAUCAAUGAAUCGAUUUUCAGUUGGGAACGUGAAUUGCUGGAGAUCAAGAAUACAUCGUUACGGCGUAAAACAAUUGUGUUUGGCUGUCGUUCGUCACUGAUUGGUAAUAAUCGUUGUGACAUCGAAUGUAGACACCCGAUAACUGGUGACGACGGUGGAGACUGCAAACAAAAUUGCGAGAGUGAGAAUUGCUUCGAACGUCCAUCCACUGUUAUACUUGAAGAGGAGAUUUGGCUACCAACGUCACAUGCUUCGUCAAUUAGAAUCAGUGUUACGAUAAACAAAUGA